GUACAGAAGCCAGUCUCAUGGAAUGAGAUUCGACUUGAUGGUUGAUGAUAAGGUUGAUGGAAAACUGCCAACUUAACAGUGGUUAUAUAGCAUUUGUCUCCAAAUAGAUUCAGUGCUCACAUGUGUACCGAAGAAAGCAGAACUGUUAGAAAUUAGACAGAACUUUUAGACAUCGGUGUGAAAUCUGUAAAACCAUGGCUCGCGAUCUUCAGAGUAAAAGGCUGACACCUGCUGCACAGGAGGCAACCGUGAGGAACAAGAACAAAGAUUUUGCUCCACAUGAAGAAAUUCGAAUGGUGCUGAUUGGAAGGACAGGAAAUGGGAAGAGCACAUCGGGAAACACCAUCCUAAAUUCAAAGGUUUUUAGGUCAGCCCCCACUGCAGUGUCUGUGACAUCAGAGUGUGAGAAGGCCAGAGGAGUGGUGUGUGGAUACACGGUUGCAGUGAUUGACACACCAGGAAUUUAUGACACAAGGUACAAAGACGACGAGGUGUUCAGAAAGCUGAGUGAAUGUAUCUCUCUCUGCGCUCCUGGUCCUCAUGUGUUCCUGAUUGUGAUCAAGGUGGACAGAUUCACAAAGGAAGAACAGGAAACUGUUGAACUCCUGCAGAUGACGUUUGGUGACAAGGCUGCAGAUUACUUCAUGGUUCUCUUUACCCAUGGCGAGAAGCUGGAAAGCAUGAGCAUUAAAGAAUUUGUAAGUCAAAGUCAACCACUUAGCAGUUUUCUUGCUAAAUGUAAAGGGCGAUAUCAUGUCUUCAGUAACACUGCUCCCAGUGACACUCAGGUACCUGAGCUACUUGCAAAGGUAAGACGGAUGGUCGGUCGUAAUAGAGGAACAUUUUACACAAAUGCAAUGUUCCAGGAGGCUGAGAGAUUGAUCCAAGAACAAGCAGAGAGGAUCCUGAAGGCCAAUGCUGAGCAAAAACGCAGAGAAGAGGAAAAACUGAGGGGCAAAUAUGAAGGAGAAAAGCUGCAGGAAAAACUAAACAGGCUUGACAAAUCUUAUACAAGAAAAUCAAGAGAAAAGGCUGAGAAGAAAAACAAAUUUAUUGUAGGUGGUGUGAUUGUGACGACUGCUGAAGCGGGUGCUGUAAUAGGGGGUGCAGCAGCAGCUGCUGGAGGUCCACUCUGCAUGGGCAUUGGAGCAGUAGUGGGUGGAGUGGUUGGGGCAGUAGCGGGAGCCUUGGCACCAUCAGCGGUAAUAGCUCUGAAAAAUAAAUGUGCUGUCCAAUAAAACAUAUUGCAAGUGCUGCAGUGACAUGGUCAGCAUACUCAAGAGCAGAAAUGUACUGACCAUUCUUUUUUGUGUCAUUUUCUAUGGCAGACUGUGCUGUCAUAGUCAAAAUAUUUUCAUUGCUGGCUGUCAUUGCAUACUUGUUACAAACUAUGAUAGGCAAUGUUUGUUGGAAGCAGCUGUUGCCAACAAACUCCGACGAUUAACCCACAAUCACAGGUUUGGAUGAAACAACAACUGAGUCUUAGAUUCUACUCAGCAUUAGUAUUGCAUGCCAUCAGACAUAGUUAUGUUGAAGUCUGACAUGGAAACAUGUAACUUAAAGCUGCACACAACAAUAUUUUUACAUUAACACAGGAAUGAGUGGCAUUUCAUGUGAAAGCAGUCACUGAUCAUGAUGAUUAUUACCUAACUCUACAGUGCAUUUUAGCUUCUUUCAAAUCAUUGUUCUAGUUUUAUGACCAGCAACUUCAAUGUUUUGUUUAACUCUCCCUGUUUUUAGCAAGUAUGCUGUGACAAAUCUACUGGAAGCUGCUUGCCCAUGCACAAAACAAGAUCUGGGCAUAGAAAGAUCCAGGAAUUUUCCUCAGGAGAUUAUAGGGACCAAACCAGAGCUAAAGUUUAGAGUUAAUAUUGGACUAACAUUUAUCACGUGGACAGAAAAACGUCUCCAAAUGAAUGCUAAUGACUCUCAGUUUUUACUGGAGGUCUAAAUAGGAAACAGUUUGCUAACACACAUGAUCUAUCAGUUUUAUAAAAUGAUAUCUUCAGUGUUCAUGCACAGCUUGUUGUGCUGCCCCCUGGUGACAACAAGCCAUAUCCACAAUUCAUUGAUCCAUGGAAUUUAGCAAUUUUAUGUAAAGGUUUUGCUUAAAAUUAUUAUUAUGUAUGUGUUCUCUCAAAUUAUCCACACUUGUUUUGUGCCUGUACAGUUUAUUGUAAAAGAUUUUUGCUUUUCAUAAUGUACAAGAAGCAAAAGAAAAAGAGAAAUCAGACAAAAGCUGCAUUUAGCAUUUUGUUCAUUUUAGUCAUCUGUUUGUAUGUGUAUGUGUGUGUGUGUAUCUGUGUGUAAAGCCUCAGGUGGGCAAGUAACAGUCACAUUUAUGAAGUGUCUUUUAAUGGCUACAGUGACAUCAAAGUGUUUUUUGCUAUCUAUGCCAAAGAGCUGUUGCAGACAGAUGGGAAGUGGAUGCGUUGCAAAGAACUGUUCACAAUGAGAAGAGACAUGGAAAUACUGCAGGCACACAGGCAGACAGUAGUCCUGUAUAAUACACAAACAAAGCACUCUAAUUUACAAAGCAAUCUGUGUGAACAAAUAAAAUUAUAAAAUUGUU